AUGACUCACGCACUCAUAUUUCAAUUAUCGACAACGUCUAGCCCAGUUUACCCCCAACCAGCAGAUGGUGACCAAGAUCGUGGUGGAGCUGUCAUUGCUGUGUACUGGUCAAUAGCCGCAGUAGCUAUGCUAGUAGUUGGUCUACGAUUCUACUCUCGUCGACUCGUUCGUGCCAUUGGUGCUGAUGACUGGCUCAUGCUUAUCAGUCUUAUCUUCCAAGUCACCUUGAGCUGUUUCUGCACGUAUGAAGCAACCAUCGGCGGUUUCAAGCAUCUCUAUUACCUGAGUCCAUCACAGCUUACCGAAACUAUUAAAUGGAACUACAUACUACAGUGCUGGGGCAUAAGUGCUUUUACACCCAGCAAGUUGUCUGUCGAUCUGCUUCUCAUACGCAUUCUCCAUCCGAUCCGUGGAUGGAAAUUUUGGACAAUCGUCACCAUCAUGACGCUCAUGACCAUCAUCAAUACACUUGAUAGCAUCCUCACAUAUGCCCAAUGCAAUCCCCCUAAAGCGUUAUGGGAGCCAACAGUAAAGGCACACUGCUGGAAUCCUACAGUACAGGCCAACUUCUCGAUAUUCCAAGCUAGCUUCAAUGUGUUCACUGACACGGUCUUUGCGCUUCUGCCUGCUACCAUUAUCUGGGGAAUAAAAACGGAAAAGUUUCGGUCGAGUCCCCAAGUUCGAUCUCUGGGACUCCAAAUCUGGUGA